AUGGAUUCACACACAGCUUUGCAUAACCUUUCUAAACUUGUGAUUGAUAAUUCUAGUGAUUCAAGAGAACAGCCAAUGAUGUCUGAUUUGCCGUAUAAUCCCGUGUUUGGUAUAAUUUGUUCUUCUUCGUACGAUCGAGUCACUAGAAGCUCUGAACGUCUAGAGGCUUACUUUGACGUAUUUAAAUCGGAUUAUCCCGAGGUAGAGAAACUAUGUGACCAUUACCAUAAACUGACCGCUCAAAUAGAACUGGACAAGUUAUCUGCGGUAAUUAAUUCUCCAGUGGUUCACCAUAGCAGAUUGAACAACCAUUUCAACCAACAACGUCAGCAACUGAUGACGUACUACACAGAGCGCCUGGCUGAUAUCGAGAAAUCAAAGACUGGCGUUAUUACUGACAAAGAUGUCAACUGGACAGCAGUAGAAUUGAUGAAAGACUGGUUUGACAAGAACGAACAUCGUCCGUAUCCAAAGAAAAAGGACAUUCAACAGAUUUCAAUGCUUGGUAAUAUAUCUGUAAAGGACAUCAGAACCUGGUUCAUGUUUGAAAGAAUUCGCCGUUUGUCAGCAGCAAAUGAAUGA